UCCAGCGAGGUGGCUGACGGCAGCACCAUGCAGGCGGCGGCGGCGUCCGUGCCCAUCUUGCUGCUCUGCGCCCUGGGGACCUGCCCCUUGGUGCGCGGCGGCCGGGCAGGAGACGCCUCGUUGACUGAGCUGGAGAGGAGGAACGAAAACGGCUUCCUGGAGCGCCAGAGCAUCGUGCCACUCCGGCUCCUCUAUCGCUCUGGCGACGAAGACGAAACAGGGCACGACACGCUUACCACGCGGGUGCGGGGCGACCCCCGCGGCGCUCAGUUGACUCAUGUUAACCAGGCAAGCUUCCAGGUCGAUGCCUUUGGAACAUCAUUUAUUCUUGAUGUCGUGCUAAACCAUGAUUUGCUGUCCUCUGAAUACAUAGAGAGACACAUUGAACAUGGAGGGAAGACGGUGGAAGUUAAAGGAGGAGAGCACUGUUACUACCAGGGCCACAUCCGAGGAAACCCGGCCUCAUUUGUUGCAUUGUCAACAUGCCAUGGACUUCAUGGGAUGUUCUAUGAUGGGAACCACACCUAUCUCAUUGAGCCAGAAGAAAAUGACACCUCCCAAGAGGAUUUCCGUUUUCACUCAGUUUAUAAAUCCAGACUCUUUGAAUUUCCUUUGGAUGAUCUCCCCUCUGAGUUCCAACAAGUAAACAUCACUCCACCAAAAUUUAUUUUGAAGCCAAGACCAAAAAGGACUAAACGGCAGCUCCAUCGCCAUCCUCGAAAUGUAGAGGAGGAAACCAAAUAUAUUGAACUGAUGAUUGUGAACGAUCAUCUCAUGUUUAAAAAACAUCGGCUUUCAGUUGUACAUACCAAUACGUAUGCGAAAUCUGUGGUGAACAUGGCGGAUUUAAUAUAUAAAGACCAACUUAAGACCAGGAUAGUAUUGGUUGCCAUGGAAACCUGGGCAGCUGACAACAAGUUUGCCAUAUCUGAAAAUCCAUUGAUCACCCUACGUGAGUUUAUGAAAUACAGGAGGGAUUUUAUCAAAGAGAAAAGUGAUGCAGUUCACCUUUUUUCGGGAAGUCAAUUUGAGAGUAGCCGGAGCGGGGCAGCUUAUAUUGGUGGGAUUUGCUCGUUGCUGAAAGGAGGAGGCGUGAAUGAAUUUGGGAAAACUGAUUUAAUGGCAGUUACACUUGCCCAGUCAUUAGCCCAUAAUAUUGGUAUUAUCUCAGACAAAAGAAAGUUAGCAAGUGGUGAGUGUAAAUGUGAGGACACAUGGUCUGGAUGCAUAAUGGGAGACACCGGCUACUAUCUUCCUAAGAAGUUUACCCAGUGUAAUGUUGAAGAGUAUCAUGACUUCCUGAAUAGUGGAGGUGGAGCCUGCCUUUUCAACAAACCUUCUAAGCUUCUCGAUCCUCCUGAGUGUGGUAAUGGCUUCAUUGAAACUGGAGAGGAGUGUGACUGCGGGACCCCAGCAGAAUGUGUCCUCGAAGGAGCAGAGUGUUGUAAGAAAUGCACCUUGACUCAAGACUCUCAAUGCAGUGAUGGUCUUUGUUGUAAAAAGUGCAAGUUUCAGCCUAUGGGGACUGUGUGCCGAGAAGCAGUAAAUGAUUGUGAUAUUCGUGAAUCAUGCUCAGGAAACUCAAGCCAGUGUGCCCCAAAUAUUCAUAAAAUGGAUGGAUAUUCAUGUGAUGGUGUUCAGGGGAUUUGCUUUGGAGGAAGAUGCAAAACCAGGGAUAGACAAUGCAAAUACAUCUGGGGGCAAAGGGUGAUGGCAUCAGACAAAUACUGCUAUGAGAAACUGAACAUUGAAGGGACCGAGAAGGGCAACUGUGGGAGAGACAAAGACACAUGGAUACAGUGCAACAAACGGGAUGUGCUCUGUGGCUACCUUUUGUGUACCAAUAUUGGCAAUAUCCCACGGCUUGGAGAACUCGAUGGUGAAAUCACAUCUACUUUAGUUGUGCAGCAGGGAAGAACAUUAAACUGCAGUGGUGGGCAUGUUAAGCUUGAAGAAGAUGUAGAUCUUGGCUAUGUGGAAGAUGGGACACCUUGUGGUCCCCGAAUGAUGUGCUUAGAACACAGGUGUCUCCCUGUGGCCUCCUUCAACUUUAGUACUUGCUUAAGCAAUAAAGAAGGCAUUGUUUGUUCAGGAAAUGGAGUUUGCAGUAAUGAGCUGAAGUGUGUGUGUAACAGGCACUGGACCGGUGCUGACUGCAGCACUUACUUCCCUCUCAACGAUGAGGAAAAGACUGGUAUAACUCUGUCUGGCAACGGUGUUGCUGGUACCAAUAUCAUAAUAGGCAUAAUUGCUGGCACCAUUUUAGUGUUGGCCCUCAUAUUAGGAAUGACUGCAUGGGGUUAUAAAAACUAUCGAGAACAGAGGUCAAACGGACUCUCUCAUUCUUGGAGUGAAAGGAUUCCAGACACGAAGCAUACAGACAUCUGUGAAAAUGGGCGACCUCGAAGUAACUCUUGGCAAGGUAAUGUGGGAGGCAACAGAAAGAAAAUCAGAGGCAAAAGAUUUAGACCUCGGUCUAAUUCCACUGAGACUUUAUCUCCUGCCAAGUCUCCAUCUUCAUCAACUGGGUCUAUCGCCUCCAGCAGAAAAUACCCCUACCCAAUGCCUCCACUUCCCGACGAGGAGAAGAAAGUGAACCGGCAAAGUGCCAGGCUCUGGGAGACAUCCAUUUAAGAUCAGCUGUUUACAUGUGACACAUCGAAACUGUUUACUUCAACUUUUAUAGACACCCAGCCUCACGGAAUCACUGCAAAUCUAUCUGCUCUCCAGACGAUACGAACCCCCUGGAGAUGCCACGACGGAGAAGCCGAGUCUCGCAUCCGGAGACCGUUUUCUUUUCGUCACUGGCUUAGGAUUUAACUGAACCUUGAGAAGAACUACUGAAAUGUUACACGAUCACAUGGAACAGUAAAGGUCCUGGUAUAUUAAUGGACAAUCCGCAUGGCAGAUAUAUGUAGAAGUAUCGCUAAAACUAACUCACACGACCCAAAUGUAGCAAGUUUUCCAAGGGACAAUAGUGGAUUCAGAACUUGGUGUUCUGAGGCCCAUCCUUGCUGUGUAGACAGUGAUGCUGUGUGCAUGAUGCUUCGGUUUAUUGUUUUCCACAUUUAAGGAAACAACAUCCCAUAAUAGACACUAGCAUGCAGGGCUAAGGCAUAUAGGAUUUUUCUGCAGGACUUUAACGCUUUGAGAGGCCAAUAUCCCAUAUGCUAACUUUAAACAUGUAUUUUUAGGUUGUGAUUUUUUUUUAUUUUUCAUAUUUAUAUCAGCAUAUGAGGACAAUUGUACAUAUGUCAACAUUUUUAAAAUUAAAAAGCAGCUGUUCCACACAGUGUAUUUUGCCAAAUGCCUCAAAACAAUCAGUCACAGUCACAUCAUUGUUAUCCAUCAGAUGAUCUUUAAAGAGUAGAAGCAGGUGAUGUUGUAAAUAUAGUAGUAGUCAGUGCUGUAAAUGUGUCUCCAUAAUUGGUAUUUGUCCAAAACAUGUCACAUUCCUUUAAACUGUGCAUAGUCUGGAGGCAGUUUUAUUGGGUCUUUAGUUGAUCAGGAGGACACAUGCCCAGCAAAACUCAAGGCCUCCACUGCUUGCAGGGGCACCAUCCAGUAAGGGCAGCUGUCCUGCCUGCAGGCCCUCUAUGCCGUGGCUGCUCCCCGGGGGUCCUCCAACCUGCUCACUGUUCUCCUGGGGGCUACAGUGGCUGCCUCCAGGAGAACAUAUUUCAGUGCAGGAGCACAUCUGCUGGUUUCCCUCUGGAGGCCUGUGAGCUCCACAGAAGUACAUCCUGCUGAGACUUAGCAAGUGCAUCAAAGAUGCCUGAGACCACAGGCUGCUGCUGCAUUGGUGGUUCCCAACUUGUGAAUACUCCAACCCAGUGGUUUUCAACCCUUUUAAUCUCAUGGCACCCAUAAACUAACUACUAAAAUUAUGCUGCACACCAAAAACUGUAUUUCUUGCCAAUCUGGCAAAA